AUGUCGCUCCCACAACAGCUACGCGGAGAAAGCGAUUUUGACCAGCUUCCAAAUAACGUACCUAUCAGUGCCACCAUUGCGGAUAUCGAAGAGAAAAAAGGUUUCAUUGACUAUUUUAUGUUUGUCAUAGAGGUGAAAACCAAAGGAGGGAGCAAGUAUCUGAUCUACAGGCGCUAUCGAGAGUUUUUCAAUCUGCACCAGAUCCUGGAGUCUAGAUACUCCCCAGAGGAUGUGGAUAGACCCGGUCCCAACACCUGCGUGCUGCCAAUCCUUCCAGGUAAAGUGUUCAUCGGCAACAAGAGGGAGAUUGCGGAGAGCCGAAUUCCCGAACUGAACACGUACAUGAAGAGGCUGUUGGGUCUGCCGACAUGGUUGCUGCUGGACGAGGAUCUCAGGAUGUUCUUCUACCAGACGGAGCAGGACAGCCAACAGCAGCCGCGAGCGCUCAGGCGUCUGCGACCACCUACCCGCAAAGUGAAGACGGUCAAAACCACGACUGACCUUUUCUCUUCUCCGAGGGCUGAGGCUAUGUUUGACUUUUGUGGAAGCAGCAAGGCAGAGUUGAACCUUAAGAAAGGAGACUUGAUCUUCCUGCUGCAUCGAGUCAACGCUGACUGGCUGGAGGGUACGGUCAACAACCAGACGGGAAUUUUCCCAGAAUCCUUUGUGAAGAUCAUCAAGCCCCUCCUGGAUAGCGAGUCGGAGGGCGAAGUAGAAGGCCCCACCUAUAGCUGCUUGCGAUGCUACAUGCUAACCCCCUCUGGAGUCCAAACCAGAGACGUUUGCGUUCAAGAGGACCUAAACAUCCGUCCGACGCACAAGGAACUGAUGUCCCGUAUGAGGGACAUGUUCAAGGUGGACGACAUCGCGCUGAACUACCGCGACUACCAAGGCGACCUCAUCCGCGUGCUGGACGACGAAGACGUGUUGCUGAUGAUCCAAUUGAGCCGAGGUCAAGCGGCCGGGGCGGUCCGCAGGCCUGUCAAUCAGUUUCCGUGGGAACUGCACGUGACCGUGGCCUCGGACUUCUCCGUUUACAAUGUGGAUGCUUGA